AUGGAUAGUUUAAUACAUGAAAUUGAACAUCAGAGCACAAAACUAAUAAAUUUAAUAUUACCUUUUUUAAAAAAUAUUAAAUUAAUAACUCUUUUAUCAAUUUUAUUACAAUUUGUAUCGAUUGCAUUGGUAUUAUUACUACCUAGUUUUGGUUCUCAAACUUAUGUUUCAGAAAAGAAUUUGCAAUGCACAGUUAGUCCGUUUAUAUCAAAUAAUUUUGCAGAAAAAUCAAUUAACUAUUCAAAUAUAUUCAGUGAAAAUUUUCCAAACAGAUCUCUAGGAUCAAAUGAAGCUUUAGAGAGUGCAAAUUGGAUUAAAAAUCAAUUAGAUACUAUUGGUUUAGAUACACAACUACAUUUUUUUAAUUCAUCAUUUGAUAGGGUAGGAGUUAAUGUUGUUGGGAUUGUUAAGGCAACUAAAUCAUUAGGUACAGAGUGUUUUGUGUUAACCACAUCAUUUGAUCAAUGGCAUAGCAAAGGAGCAGUGGGUUUUUUAAUAGGAUUUGCAGAGUAUAUGAAAAAUACAACCUGGCAAGCAAGAGAUUUAAUAUUUUUAUUUACUAGCGAAGGUGGUGAAAUGAAUGGUGGUACAUCAAUGGAUAUUUCAGGUUCUUCAGUAUGGAUACAUGAUUAUUUUUCAUCUCCACCCCCAAUUAAAAAUAAUUUUUCAAGAAAAACAUCUAGAGAUAAACAUCAAAUUGGUUGGAUAAAAGAUAAUAAAGUUUUUAAAAGAGGAGGAAAAAUUUAUGGAGCAAUAGCAUUGAAUAGGGUUGGUAACCAAGAAAUGGAAAAGAUUAUAGUAUAUCCAGAGGGGUUAAAAGGGGGACUAUCAAAUUUAGAUAUUAUAAAUACAGUUACAACAACCACAUUCCUCAAUGAAAUACCUGCUGGAAUUAAUUCACAUAUGGUAGAUGAACCUGUUGAGGGUUCCAUCUAUGGUUUGUUAGUGUUUAUGUGGAACUCCGCAUUAUCGUUACCAAGAUCAAAUCAUGCAAUUUUUACAAAAUAUGGUAUAAACUCAGUUGGUAUUAGUACUGAUUCCUCUCAUAACGUCUGGGAUAUAGAUUUUUUAAAUACACCAUUGCAUAAAGUCCACAAUUUUAAAAACGAAUAUAAACAACCUUUAAGCAAUUCAACUUUUUUAAAUUUAGGUAAAAUUAUGGAAACUGUGGUUCGUCACUUACAUAAUGCUGACGAACAACUACAUCAAUCAUAUACAUGGUAUGUUAUGGCAGGUGCUGUUUUCUUUAUAGAUAUCGGUCAAGCACUGUUACCAACAAUAGUUUUAGUAGUUUCAAUGGGUGUCCAGUUUCUUUCUUUUAUUUUAACAGUAGACAAUUUACCAAUUAGAGUUAUAUCAGCAAUGCCAGAAUUCUUUUCAACAAUAACAUUUUGUUUUCUUUUAUACUUAUUACCAACAAUUUUAACAUAUAUAGGAUUUAUACCAUCAAAUGAUUUAAAGCUGUUUGUUUUUAUUAUAUAUAUACUCAUUUUAACACCAGUUUCAAAAUAUAUAAAAAAUAUAGUUAUUUCAAAAUAUCCAAUAUUAACUUAUGAUUGGUAUGGUUUACAAUCAUUAUUAUUAUUACACUAUUCAUUAGUUUCUUUAAUGUGUAUGAUGUUAAAUAAUCAAUUUGCAUGUUUGUUCAUGAUUUUUUCAUUACCUACGAUUCAGUUUACAGGGUUUUUAAUGGAGUGUUCAAUUAGAUCCAAAAUCAUUAAAUUUUUAUGGCUAUUGGUGUGCCUAUUUUCUCACCCAGUAUUUUUAUUUUUCGAGUGGUGGUCAAUAUGGUCUGUAGGUUGGAAGAAUCUAUUUAGUGGGGUUUUAAUUGCUUCAAAUAACUGGGGUUUCUUAUUUUACCCAAUAUUUACAUUAUGCUUAUUACCAAUAUUUAUAAGUAUAUUUAAACUUUUAUUUAUAACAAAUUGUUAUAAUACUAAACAAAAAUUUAAAAAUUUUUAA